AUGGCCGCCGUGUUGUUCAAAUACGUUACAGCAGAGGCCGGAAAAUUCUCAGGAAAUGAUCACAGCUCUGGUCAUAAAAGAAAGAUGGUCGACGAGUUUCUAACGGGUAAAGGUUGGCAUUUUAUUGGGAACCAAGCGUUCCAUUCCGAACCAUCGUUUGGCACAGUAAGGGAACAAAUGGUCUCUCAGGCAAGAGCGAUAUGGGACAUCGAAGAACUUCUCAAGUGGAAACCAACACUAAAGGAUUAUCUCAAGGAUUCCCUGGUAAUCGUAGGUCAAGUUUACGAUAUCAACUCACUGAUGGAAAGCAGCAGUGUCAAAAGACUGACAAGAAAAGAAGGAGAUGACAAGCGACCUACCGCGCUACUCGAGUUGGAAUCAACAAAAAAUUACUCUGUCAUGAAAGAUCGCGCUUUCCCAAAUGGCAGCACAACAAAAGCAUCAAUUGCAAACGCAGUGAAGGCCACGAAGCUUGGUCAGCCAAAGAUCAAAAGCCCAGUGAAACCAAAAGUGAAGAACACGACGCGUCCCGCUCGCGUUCGCCCAAUGGGUUCUGCCACAAAGGCAACCAGUCACCCGAUUGUCAACUUUCCUCGAACACCUGUAACAACCGCUAAGAGCAAAAGCGGCACAACCUUGUUGAUCAGACCCGGUCAUUCCCGGAGCGAUAUGAACUCAAAUCUUUUGUCAGCAGCAAGCAGGGACGACAAUCAGAGCAUGGACGGAGACGACAUGACACCGCUGUAUCUCACGUGUUUGGAGGAAGACAGUGACCACGGGGAAAAAGACGUUAUUCGUGAUUUUGGUCGGUUAAGCGGUUAUCACGUCGAAACCUUUGUUACCAGAGAUAUAUGUACCAAGAACCUUUGCUGUUCAAACGUCAAUACGGACCCAUCGGAAAGAGUUGUGGUCUGA